AGAAGAUAAAAAAAAAAAAGCAAAAUAGAAAAUAAAAAAACCUAAUCAAUAUAUACAUCUUCAUCAUGUCUUCUUCAUCAUCUUCUUCCGCACGAUUUCAGUCCGCCAGUGUAACCCUGAUCAAUCUCGCAUUUGCCUCUCGAUUCGUCGAUACUGCUAGAUUUUCUCUCGAUUUAUCCUAGGGUUCUUCUUGAUUUCCGCCUAUCUGUUUUUAGAAUCUAACUUCCGUUCUCUUCGUUUCUCCUAGGGGUUUCUUCUUCUCCUGGUUAUUCCUCCUUGUUCAAUUCGGUUUCCCUCACUGCGAUUUAUCAUUUUGCCCAAUUUUUCUGUGCCUGAGUCGUACAAAAUCGAUUAGAUUCUUACAAUUUCAUUUUAUAGUUAGAUAAUCUGCGCAGAUCGAAGGUUAUUUUGGCUCGUAGUCAUUAGAUUUAUUCCAUUAGCGUGACUUUGAAGCCGUGGAAGAUAGAGAAUCCAAUGGUUGCUUAAUAGCAGCCGCAGAAUCAACCGUAACGGUUGGGCGAAGUCUAUUGAUUAGAUUAGAGGGUGUGCUCAGAGGUGUCGUUGUGUACAGAGUCUGUGACUGCGACGGGAGAGAUUUGCAUGGGUGAGCAUGAAUCAUGGGCGGCUUCUCCGCCGUCACCCAGUGGCUUAUUUCCGAACGGGCUAUUGCCAGGCAAGGCUGCAUCUGUGACACGGCCGCUCGAUGCGGAGCGAUGGGCCAAGGCGGAGGAUAGAACCGCUAAGCUCAUUGCUUGCAUCCAGCCAAAUCCUCCUUCCGAAGAUCGCCGAAAUGCUGUUGCCAGAUACGUGCGGAGGCUUAUCAUGGAAUGCUUCCCUCGUCAGGUUGAGAUCUUUACUUUUGGAUCUGUACCAUUGAAGACUUAUUUGCCUGAUGGAGAUAUUGACUUAACGGCCUUCAGUACCAACCAAAAUAUGAAGGAUUCCUGGGCUAAUUUGGUUCGUGAUAUGCUGGAAAAGGAAGAAAAGAAUGAAAAUGCUGAAUUCCAUGUCAAAGAAGUCCAGUAUAUUCAGGCAGAAGUAAAGAUAAUUAAGUGUCUGGUGGAGAAUAUUGUGGUGGAUAUAUCUUUCAAUCAGAUUGGUGGGCUGUGUACACUAUGCUUCCUUGAGGAGGUUGAUCAGUUUAUAAACCAGAACCAUUUAUUCAAGCGUAGUAUCAUAUUGAUUAAGGCCUGGUGUUAUUACGAGAGCCGUAUAUUGGGAGCUCACCACGGGCUUAUUUCAACAUAUGCCCUGGAAACCUUGGUUCUUUACAUAUUUCAUGUUUUCAACAACUCAUUUUCUGGACCCCUCGAGGUUCUCUAUCGUUUUCUUGAGUUCUUUAGUAAGUUUGACUGGCAGAAUUUUUGUAUUAGCCUCUGGGGCCCUGUUCCAGUUAGUUCACUACCAGAUGUAACAGCGGAGCCUCCUCGAAAAGAUGUUGGAGAGUUACGAUACAGCGAAGAGUUUCUUAAAAAGUGCAGUAGAGUUUAUGCAGUUAAUCCUGUUUCUCAAGAGACACAGGGGCAGCCUUUUGUUUCCAAACAUUUCAAUGUUAUAGACCCUUUGCGUGAAAACAACAACCUUGGACGCAGUGUCAGUAAAGGUAACUUCUUUAGGAUACGAAGUGCAUUUACACUUGGUGCCAAGAAGUUGGCUAGGUUACUUGAAUGCCCUAAGGAGAAUUUGAUCCAUGAAGUUAACCAAUUUUUUAUGAACACAUGGGAAAGACAUGGGAGUGGUCGUCGUCCUGAUGCUCCUGGAAAUGACAUAUGGCUAUCAAGACUGGGAGAUCCUGAGCCUUCUCAUCAAACUGAAAAUGUUAGUAAUUCUUCAAGCAGCAAAAGAAACCAAAAUUCCGCCCGUCGUGGUGGGGUUCAAGGAGCUCGCAGUAUGCCCUCUCAACAGAAAAACUCUGGAACAGAAGUUAUAUCUAGCGCAACAUAUCAAACCCAAAAAAGUUGUGGCAACUCUUACCAACCUGCUCAAGAAGUCCGUUCUAAUCAAAAUGCUUCAAAUGAUAAACUUCAGGAAACUGUUAAGCCAGAAAUCAUGGUGAAUAAUUUUCAGGGAAGGCAUCUCUUUGCCAGGACGCGGUCAAGCCCUGAGCUUACGGAGACAUAUGGUGAGCCUCUUUUGCAAUCAAGGCGUAGUAGAGCCCCAGAAGCUGGAAAACGCCAAACUAAUUCUAUGAGGUCUGAUAAUAUCAGGAAAAAGAAUCUAGAGUCUGAAAGUUUGUCAAGCAAUAUCAGACAUGCAGCUGACUCAUCGUCAGUUAGGCAUACACCAUCCCCUCGAAGUCCUGAUAGUACUGCUGACAUGAGCAGUGCAGUGAACAGUUAUUAUGAUGAUUUAGGUUCAGUUUCCGUAAAUGAAGACUUAGGGGAACCGGGAAUGCAACAGGAAGAGCAAGAUCUUGUUAACUCGAUGACAUCUGUUGCCAGGCAAGGUUUUAAUGGACACUUCCAUUUCCCUUUAAAUUUUUCUACGGGCCAUUUUCCAUUUCCAAUUACACCUUCCAUCUUAGCUUCAAUGGGAUAUGAUCAGAGGAACGUGCCUGGUAUUGUUCCUUCUAAUCUUCCUUUCAUUGAGACACCUUGGAGUACUAAUGUGCAAUUUCCGCAAAACUUUGCUUCUUCACCAUAUACACAUUACUUUCCCAGUGGAUCCCAUCCAAUUUCAGAAAAGCUGAGCAAAGCUGGUAACGAAGACAUGGGGUCUCCAGAAGUGAACGUUGACGAGUCUGACCAUGAUCUCUGGCACGAUCAAGAAAGGGGAACUCAUAGUUUUGGACUUGAAAAUGGUGGGUAUGGAAUGCAUCAGGCCAUUGAUAAACAUCAGUCAUCUAUUGCAGAGCACAGUUUUGUACCCUCAAGUCGUAAAUUACGGUCAACAAGGGGAGAUGAUGUAGAAAAUUCCCACUCUCCAGUCAGAGGCAGUCAGAUUAAUAGUGAGGAGAGAAAUGCAGGCUCUAGAUCCGUUUCUUGUGCUAGUUCCGUUAGAAGCAGGACUUCAUCUGAAAGCUCUUGGGAUGGAUCAACUACAAGGGGCUCAAAGCCAGCUAGGGAUAAACGGAAUAGGAAAGUAGUUUCUGGGGCUACGUCUGCACUGUAUGGAAAAGGGAAGAGUGUUCCUGAGCACACGAUCCAGGUUGAAGAUGAUAACAGAGAAUGGAUUUCCGUAUCAAGCAAUGAAAUAACAGAAAGAGAUCUGGGCCCUCGGCCUACUGUUGCUUCAUUUCAACUUCAGAGGCAUCAAAUACAUGGUCAUGAACUAGCUCAGGCAAGUGGAUCAGAGUCCACAAUGUCUCUUGCUCCAUUUAUCCUUGGCCAUGGCAUGCAACAAAACGAGGUUGAUAGUUCUGGAUAUACUUUUUAUCCCACUGGGCCACCUGUUCCGAUCGUUGCAAUGCUUCCAAUGUACAACUAUCAAGCUGGUGGUAAUGCCGCAUCAGAUACUUCGGCAAGCCACCUCAGUGUGGAUGAAGGAGUAGAGAUUCAUGAUCCUUGUAAAAGUUUUGACUUCAGGGGACUUGAUCAGUCUGAUAUAGUUGUUUCUUCCCGCUCCACCAAAGUUGGCGCUUCUGUAGAACCAACGGAGCAUAAAAAUGAUAUUCUCAAUGGUGAUUUUAAAAGCCAUUGGCAAAAUUUGCAGUAUGGCCGCUCUUGCCAGAAUUCUCAACAUCCGCCGGUGUUGUAUCCUGCUCCUGUUGUAGUGCCACCUGCUUAUCUACAGGGGCGCUUACCAUGGGAUGGUCCGGGAAGACCUCUUGCUUACACAAAUGUCGUGAAUCAGCUCAUGACCUACGGACCUCGACUUGUACCCGUUGCUCCCGUACAACCUGUGUCUACCAGGCCACCUAACAUUUACCCUCGUUAUGCUAAUGAAACUCCCAGAUAUCGAAGUGGGACGGGCACCUAUUUUCCUAAUCCUAAGAUUUCCCCUAGGGAGCAGCGGCCUACAUCUGGCAUGAGGCGAGGGAAUUAUGGGCAUGACAGAAACGAGCAUCACAGCGAUAGAGAAGGGAAUUGGAAUGUUGGUACAAAGACACGGGGUUCUGUACGUGGCCACAACAAUCGUAACCAAGCUGAUAACAAGCCAAGCUCAAGGCAAGACCGAUCUGAUAGGCAUUGGGGGUCGUCGUAUAGGCAUGAAUCGUCCUCGUAUUCAUCUCAUCAUUCUCAAAACGGUCCUAUUCGCUCAAAUAAUUCACAAGAUUCUCCUGGAAACGUUGCUUAUGGCAUGUACCGACUGCCACCGGGCAUGAGGCAGAGCAGUGUGACUUCUUCAGAGGGACACAACGCUCCAUCUGUCAUGAUGUUUUAUCCAUACGAUCAUAGUACUGUUUACAACUCACCAACUGAACUUCCUGAGUUUGGGUCUCUUGGACCUGUGGGUGAAGCGCCACAUCUAAAUGACGGAAGCUUGUCUGCUGGUGGGGCAUUCGAAGAUCAGCCGAGGUAUCGUGGUACUGCUGCUUCUGCUCAUAUGUCUUCACCUGAUGAUCCUUCCUCGCCUCGCUUCCCCAGGGGAAAGUAACAUCAAUGCUUUAGCUGGAAUAAACCCAAGAACUGGUAGAAAACAUUACGAUCACACCACCAGGAUGUUUGUGAAGCCGUGGAAAGAAGAGUCAAGACAGGACUUGAUCAACCUCAGACCAAUCUGGAAUUUUGCUCUUAAGCGACAAAGAAAGAAACCAUGUCAUGAGGAAUCGGUAAGCAUCACUCAUCGAUCCAAGCUAGUUCAGAAAACGCAGCGAUACAAACAAGCUGGUCAAGAUAAAGCAGGACUCUUUCUUAGACGAAUUACGGUUUAGGUAACUUUUUUUUCUCCUUUUUAUCACUCUUUCCUUAGAAUUUCUCUCCAUUAGAAAAUGUAGCCUUUUUGCCCACAUAGAGAAACUAAUAGUAUUCUGGGCUUAUCGUCAAUCAUGUUUCUAUAUUCAAGAAAUAAUUUCUUAACUUUUUUAGGAAAAGAAAUUCGUACACUUUUAGCUCCUUGUAGUUAUAUUUUGAUGAUCUUAUAUAUUUUUGAG